GGAUCGCCAAUCCUGUGUUGGUGAAAAAAGCAAAUGGUAAAUGGCGGAUGUGCAUCGAUUACACUAACCUCAACCAGGCAUGUCCAAAAGACUGUUACCCAAUGCCAAACAUUGAUAAGCUAGUUAAGGCAGCUUCUGGAAACGAGAGAUUAAGCCUCUUGGAUGCAUACUCUGGCUACCAUCAGGUUCCGAUGGCUCCUGAGGAUGAAGAAAAAGCAUCGUUCUAUGCCGGCGAUGAAAUCUAUUGUUAUGUGAUGAUGCCCUUCGGUUUGAAGAAUGCAGGUGCCACUUACGAGAAGAUGGUUACCAUCGUAUUUCGAGCUCAAAUAAGCUGGAAUCUGGAAGUUUAUGUUGAUGAUAUAGUGGUAAAGAGUUUGAAAGCCGAAGAUCACCUAACUGACCUCGAGGAGACAUUCAACAAUCUCAGAAAGAACAGGAUGAGGUUGAAUCCAGCAAAAUGCAUCUUCGGUGUGGAGUUUGGAAAAUUUUUAGGCUUCAUGGUGUCCAGAAGGGGAAUUGAGGUUAACCCCGAGAAGAUCAAAGCAGUGGCCGAAAUGGAACCACCAAAGUCAAUGAAAGAUGUACAGAGGUUGACAGGGAGAGUGGCAGCUCUUCAUAGGUUCAUCUCAAAAUCAGUAGAUAAAUGCCUGCCGUUCUUCAAGAUCAUGAGAUUGGCAGCCCAGAAAGAUGAAUCUAGCAAAGAAAAGAAGUUUGAAUGGAAUUCAGAAUGCCAAGCUGCUUUUGACGAGCUGAAGUCUUAUCUUAGCUCACCUCCUUUGUUGACAAAGGCUAAUGAUGGGGAAAUCCUUUACUUGUACCUCGGCAUAUCAGAUGAAGCCAUCAGUUCCGUGCUAGUGAGAGAAGAGGGGAAACAACAGAAGCCAGUUUAUUACACUAGCAGUGUGUUACAUGGAGCUGAAAUCAGAUAUUCUAUCGCUGAGAAAGUAGCCUUAGCAAUUGUCACUUUGGCCAGGAAACUGAGACUGUAUUUCCAAUCGCACCAAAUCAUAGUCCUCACGGACCAGCCCCUCGGACAAAUUUUACAGAAGCCAGAAUGCUUAGGAAGACUGAUCAAAUGGGCGGUUGAACUGGGAGAAUUUGAGAUCACAUUUCAGCAGAGGUCGGCAAUCCGAGCUCAUGCUCUCGUAGAUUUCAUAGUAGAAUGCACCUCGGCUCAUUCUGGUUCCCAGUCCGAGCUGGACAGCUGGAUACUAUAUGUUGAUGGAGCAUCGAGUAACAAAGGUUCUGGCGUUGGUGCAAUCCUACUUAGCCUAGAUGGGUACCGAAGUGAACAUACUCUGAAAUUUAAUUUUGAUGCCACCAACAAUAUGGCUGAGUAUGAAGCUCUGCUACUUGGCUUACAGUUGGCAACAGAACUGAAGUAUGCAACUCUGGUAGCUGAGCUGAAAUCCAAAUUCCAAAAAUUCCAUUUGAGCAAGAUACCCCGAGCUGAAAAUGAGCAAGCAGAUUCCCUCUCCAAAUUUGCUUCUGAUGGCAAUCAAAGCACCAGAACGAUCUUUGUUGAAAUUCUGGACGAGCCUAGCUUCUUAAAGCCAAAAAUGAUGGAGAUCAGCAUAGAUCCCAGCACACCGAGCUGGACAGAUCCAAUUAUCUCAUUUUUACGGGAUGGCAUAGUGCCUGCAGAUAAACAAGAAGAAAUGAGGUUGAGGAAGAAAGCAUCUCGGUACACCCUUGUUAAUGAAGUGCAUAAAGGUGUCUGUGAAAGUCACAUUGGUGCUCGAACUCUAGCCCAUAAAGUCCUUAGACAAGGAUAUUACUGGCCCAACAUGUAUAAAGAUGCCACUCAGUUUGUACAGAGGUGUCAGAGAUGUCAGUUCUUCGCACAUCUAAUUCACCAGCCAGCAGAAGAGCUCACUACUCUGCUAGCACCUUGGCCGUUUGCUCAAUGGGGACUUGACCUUUUAGGUCCAUUUAUAAAGGGGGUAGGAGGUGUAACUCAUCUGAUUGUCGGUGUGGAUUAUUUUAUGAAAUGGGUUGAAGCUCGGCUAUUAUCAUGUCUUACCUCCAAAAGGGUCGAAAACUUUGUUUUCAGCUCAAUCAUCUGCAGAUAUGGGAUCCCGAAUGAGAUUGUGGCUGACAAUGGAACUCAGUUCAACUGCUCCUCAUUUAGAGAUUUCUACUCUAGUUAUGGGAUCAAAUUGCAGUUCAUCUCGGUAUACCACCCGGAAUCUAAUGGGAUGGUAGAAUCUGUCAACAAGGUUAUACUCGAGGGGAUAAAACCACAGUUAGAGCUGCACAAGGCUAGGUGGGUAGAUGAGCUCAACAACGUCCUUUGGGCAUACAGAACCACGAGCAGAACUGCCACAGGUGAAACACCUUACCACUUGGCCUUUGGUACCGAAGCAGUCAUUCGUAUCGAAAUGGACAACUGCUUCGAGAGAACCUUGAUCUGCUUAACGAAGUCAGAGAGGAGGCAUGACUUCGGACUCUAGUUUACAAGCAGAAAAUAGCCAACUUCUACAACAAACAAGUUCGACCUCG